AUGGGGAGAGUAAAGUUGCAAAUAAAGAGAAUCGAGAAUACAACAAAUAGACAUGUGACCUUCUCAAAACGUCGAAAUGGACUGAUCAAAAAGGCAUAUGAGCUCUCCGUUUUGUGUGAUAUCCCGAUCGCUCUCAUCAUGUUCUCACCCUCCGGCAAACUCAGUUAUUUCUCAGGGAGAAGAAGGAUUGAAGAUGUGCUCACCAGAUACAUAAACCUCCCCGAGAACGAUAGAGGAGGGAUCGUCCAAGAUCGAGAGUUCUUGAUGAGGAUCUUGGAAAAACUCAGGUGUGAGAAUGACAUGGCAGCCCUAGCUAAUCCUGGGGUGGUCAACUCCAACAUUGACGAGCUUCAACAAGAGAUCGGUCGAUAUCAGCAACAGUUGCAGCUCUCAAAACAACGAUUAAGAUUCUUUGAGCCCGAUCCUCUCGCCAUGACAAACACGACUGAGCUCGAAUCCUGCGAGAAGUUUAUCAUGGAAGCCUUGCAGCGUGUCACGGCUAGAAAGGAAUAUUUGCUCGGCAACCAAUUGCCUUCCUACGAUCCCUCCACAUCAAGCAUGCAAAUGUACCUCCAGUCGCAGCAGGAGAGACUGGCCAACCCGUACGCCAACGAGAUGGCCGUGCAGUGGGUGCCCGACGCCGUCUCAAAUCACAGUCACCAGAUCUUCGUAGGAUCCGAUCCCUUGAUCGACAUGAGGGAGCACGGGAUGUACGAGGCAAUCCCCCACCAAAACAUGGGUCUGCAGGUGGAUCCUUGCUCGACCGGCUGCCAUGUCAGCGAUCAGCAGGAGGCGUCAUGGCACCAGGCUUACAACUCCACGGAGCUCCUGUCUGCCCUCAUCCCAUCGCCUCCAUACCCCCUCAUGCAGAACUCGAUGGGGACGAGUGAGAUGCCGGGGAUGGUGCUGCAUGAGCAGGUGGAUGCAGCAAUGGCGGCGAGCUGCUCGCACGCGCAGAUGGAGGCUGUGGACUCUGUGCACGCUGGCGCGUACGAUGGCAGCUCGACUCAGAGCCAUCAUCGCAUUUUCUCCGCCGCCCACUGCCCACACCCGCUGGCCACGUUCGCACGCCGCAGAUCGUGCACGUUGUGCACGCCGUCUUUCCCGCGACGAACACAGGUUGCAACGCGAGGUAGCCAUGAUCACUUCGCCGGCCAAACUAGAAGUUAUCGCCAGCCUCUGCCGGUGGUAGCCGGUUCUUUCCAGCACCAAAAAACAGUCAAUAUUAGGCUCGAUGAGAUCGCCGACAGUGGUUCUGCCUGUCCUAGCCACCAACACAUAGCCGACCAGCCAGGACGCCAACGACGACAACGGACUGCCGUCGCCGGCAAAUCCAGCGGUCUUGAUUUUACAAAUUUGGCACAACGUGUAUGCUACGACACAUUAGUCGUGCAAAACAGCGACGGGAAAUGA